GUUAAAAACAUGCGCCUCCUCCUAGCUUUCGUCUCCCUCCUCUCGCUAACGACGGCGGGCCCUGUGUCUCGCAGCCCCCCAGAUAAAGAUGGCGAAUAUCUCUGGGGAUGUGGUAAGACGGCUCCUUUCAGUAUCUCAGACUGUAACGAGCUACUUGACUGGUUUAAGACUGUUUCCAAAACGGGCUGGUUCGGUAUCGGAAAAGUCAAUGGUCUAACCAAGUAUUGGGGUUCUUGCCAGCUUUAUAUACAACCCGGGCCCCUCGGUCACUUUGCCCUCGAGAUCCAACAAGAUGAAUUUGUGGAUGUUGUUCAUCGGGGUAUGGUGUAUAAAUGCCCUGAUAAAUGGGCCCGAACAACGGUCAAACCAGACAACAAUACUUGGAUAGCCUUUGUAACGGAGAAGGGCUGGGAGCCUCAUGAUGAAUUUUAG